CCCUCAGGUUCCUGCCUUGAGUUCCUGUUCUGACUUCCCUAGAAGACAAACUAUUCUGCGAGAUGAAAUUAACCCUUUCCUUCUCAAGGGCUUUUAGUCGUCAUGUUUAUUACAGCAAUAGAAACCUAAGCAACACAACUCAUGGAUUAAUGUUUCACAAAAAUUUAAAAAUUUAAACCAAGGUUGAAACGCCUAAGUGUAGAAGAGUGCGUGUUCAGUAUUAAGUUUCGGAUUUGUGUUGAAGACCAGGUAUUAUAGUUUUGUCCCCUCUCUGUGAUGAUAUUAAGCAGACAGAGCCGGUGGGGGCAAAUGAGGCCAUGGAGAAGAAUUCCUGAGGAGAUACUGGUUUCCCAGUUUCUUUUCCCUCUCUUGUCUUCCUGACUACACAAGGUGAGCUGCUCUGUGCUUCUCCGUGCUCAUUCAAGAGAAUUUUCUGCACCAAAGGAUCAAAGUAAAAUACUGACAGCCUUAAAAAACCAAUUUGUCUCUACUGUAGGAUGUCUUCUUUGAGUGCUUUGUCAGCUAAUGGCAAGCUUACAGAAUACUGUCAACUGGUUUUCAACAAAGGUUGUAAUAAUAUUCAGAAAACAAAUUAUUGGCACUUCAUUCUGAUAAGUACAGUGUGGUGGUGGUCAGAUACAGGUCUGGAACAGAGGUGGCAAUUCCCGCUUUUCACAGAGCACCAGCCUGGCGUCAGUCCUAAUUCUCAGGAAGCCAGAGAAAGACAUUGGGACACAGUGGAACAAACUGCCCACAUCUAGACCCUCGAGUCUCUGUGGGAAAAGAGUGCACUGGACAUUGGCUCUCUAGUCCCUAUAGAUCUGUGUGUACCCCCAAAACCAGGCUUCUACCACCAGUGCCCCAAGGAUCAGGGCAGAGUCCAACUUUUUCUUCAUUAUACCUAAGAUCAUUUUAGAGACUGGGGUUUGGGCUCCAGGCGUCUCUAAUGUCGGUGUUGGCAUGGGGUCUGACUUCUCAAGUUCCAGUGGUCACUGCAGGAUCCAGAGUCUAUACUGCCAUGGUCAUAGAGGUCACUUCAGGUCUGUGACUCUAACCACAGCCUCCAGAUAAUACACAGACCACAGUGGGUUCAACAUGUGUUAUCCUGCCCCAAACAGGCUCACAAAAUGCGAGAUGCAAUCUCAGUUUAGACUCUACAUGCUCACCUUCAUGCUUAGUGUGCAGCCCACUCUCAACCCUGUUCUCAUACAGCCGAGAAGGGAUCACCUCAGCAACUGCACUGGACGGUCAACACCAAGUCUCACCAUCCCUACAGCAGAACUUCGUGCUUCGUGAACUCUUCUUUCUAGGAAGAGUCACGGAAAACAAAAUAUCCAAACAGGUUUGGAAAAAGAGGAGAUCAAACUGAAAGUGAAUCCCACUCCAACAGAUGCGUGAAACACGACCAACAAAGACCAUGACACAACCGCAACCACCACCACAGCCUACCCUGUCCCGCUAACGCCCUGUCAGGAAUCCCAACCACAGAGACAGUUAACAUGCCUGAGAGAGAAUUAAUGAUCAUCUAGGCCAGUGGUUCUCAACCUUCCUGAUGCUGCGACCCUUUAAUAUAGUUCCUCAUGUUGCCGUGACCCCCAACCAUAAAAUUAUUUGUGUUGUGUACUUCUCAACUGCAAGUUUGCUACUGUUUUGAGUUGAAAUGUAAAUAUCUGUGUUUUCUAAUGGUCUUUCUGGGAUCAAGACCCACAGGUUGAGAACAACUCAUAAAGGACAUGUCAACAAACAGAUGCACAAAUUUAGAAAUUUACCCAAGCUAGUCUCCAAAGUGAACAUGGUAGAAAAAUUCCAAAACUUAGAGGAAAAGUAGACAAUCAAGCACAAGAGGUAUGUAGAGCUUCAAAUAGACAUGACCACAGAAGAAACUCAGGGCAAUAGAAUAAUAGUAAAAAUAUCAAAGGAAAGAAAAUGUAGGGAAUAUAAUUCAAGACACUGGGCAGGCAAGAACUUUCUUUUUGAAUGUAACACAAAUAGCACAGGAGACAGUCCUAAAUAUUGACAGACGUGACUACAUGAAAUAAAACUUUUCUGCACAGCAAAGGAAGCUGUGAGCACACAGCCCACAGAAUGGGGGAACAUCUCUACCAACGAUGCUUCAGACAGGGGGCUGACAUGCAGAACUUACAGAGAACUGCAGAAAUUAAAUAACAAGAAAAUAAAAACUGCCAAUCAGCAAAUGGGAUAAUGGAAGAAAAGUCAGUUUCAAAAGGGAAACACAAAUGACUAAUUUUUUAAAGUGUUCAGUGUCUCUAGCCAUGAGGAAAAUGCAAAUUAAAAUUACUUUGAGAUACCACCUCACCCCAGUCGGAAUCUACCAACAAAUGUUAGAGAGGGUGUGGACAGAACCCCUUGCUCACUGAUGGGAGAGGGGCAAAUUAAUAUAGCUACUUUGGAGAUUUCUCAAAAAAAUUAAAGAUAGAACUACCAUGUGAUCCAGCUAUUUCUCUCCUGGUCAGACCCCCCCAGGAAUUUCACACCCUACCAUAGAGAUAUUUGUACUCCAUGUUUAUUGGUGCUCUAUUCAUAUAACGAAUUUCACACCCUACCAUAGAGAUAUUUGUACUCCAUGUUUAUUGGUGCUCUAUUCAUAUAACAAGGUAAUGGAAUUAGCCUAGUUGUCCAUCGACAGAUAUGGAUAAUGGACAUCGGGUACAUCCAUACAAUGGAAUACUCUCCAGCUCUGAAGAAGAAUGCAAUCUGUUGUAGGACUCGGGGACAAAUCACUAGAUUGAACAGGUGUUUGACUUUGAAGAAUCAUUGUGGAAAGUGGUGAUUGUUUUCCACGAUUUGCAGAACUGCUCUGAAGGGGCAUUGCAGCCCUUGCUUGACUUUGGUCACAGAUGCUUCGGGCACACCUGAAUCUCUAGGAUUAUUGUGGACUGCAAAUGUGUGGGGCAGGUGAUGCUGUCCUUUAGAGACAUGUGAAUUAGAAUAGGUAUCAGGAAAUACUUUACCCCAAAAACAACUUUAUGUAACAAUCAAUAAAAACACCUUGGUGUAGCUGUUCAGGGUUCAGUCCAUCAGAGGCUGGACCUCCUCUCUGUCACACAGGCCUUAACAUUUCUUCUUGGAGUGACCUCUUUGUCUCAUGCAACCCAGAAAUCAUGAAAAUUGUGGGAAAAUGGAUGGACUUAGAAUAUAUACUAUAGAGUGAGGUCACCCACUUACAGCAUGUCCCCCACCAUAUGCAGAACCUUCCCUGUAAUAUUGCAGAAAAAUGGCAGUGAGUCACGACAGAGGUUAGUCUUUCUAGUCUUAACUCUGUCUUAGAUUUUUUUUUAUCUUUUGUGAUUAAUGGAUAGUAAAAGUGCAAAACCCGAAGUGGAGUCUCCAUGGCCUCAGGAUAGCUAUCCUAACUAUAGAACGUCAUUGAGAUGAAUAGACUUUGAGUCUGGCUAAUUUCACUCUGUGGUGUUUUUUUUUUUUAUUUUCAAGUUAUAUAUAAAUGUUUUUUAAUAUAAAAAUAAAAAGCUAGGUGUAAGAUUGUAAAGGAGCAGCAGUAGACAUGCAGGGAGCACAGAGAGGGUUAGGCCACACUGCACAUGGGCAGAUUCCCGGACUAGGCGCUGCUGUCCCGGAUGCAGGCUCAGUGGCAGUUAUUCCCAGUGGAGCUCACCCUGUUGCACGAGCACCGGAAGUCUCCAGUUGGAGUAAAAGCACCAUGCCUUUUACCCACAGGCCGGGAAUCCCACAUCACAGAUUCGCGCUUACAGUGCCUUUCCCAACCUCUUUGGAAGCAGAAAUCGCCUGUGGGUCCCUAGCUCCUGAUGCCGAACCGCACCAAGGACUGUUGGGGAAGGAGCUUAAAGUGAGCGGCUGCGUGCUGGAAGCACACUGGAUCUCGGGAGACUCUCGCCUCCUCCGAAUUUCCAUCAUGAACUUUCUUGACCAGCUUUCCCUAGUGGUGAACACCAUACAACGCUUUGGGCCCCCAGUUUCUCGUUAAGCCUGGCUGGGAGAAGGCGCUCAGGUUUGCCCUUAUGUCCGGUCUCUCCUAAACAGUACAAGCAGUACAAUCCUACGGAAGAGAUUCCAGAAAUAGUAACGGCUACUUAAAUGCCGGGCCUAAUAUUUUUUGCCUGACUUGGUCUUCAGGUCCUUAGGGGCCACUUGUUUAGUCUGGUUCUUAAAUGUUUGUUGCUGAAGAAAAUAAAGCUGUACGGAUAUAUAUUAUUU